AUGGUUUCUGGAUUGGGCUUUGGAUGGGCCUUGACCCCGAUUCUUAACUCUGGAGUUGGUGUCAACUUUCGCGACAUUAAUGGCUGGACAGCGCUUCACUGGGCUGCUCGAUUUGGAAGGGAAAAAAUGGUGGCUGAACUGGUAGCUGCGGGUGCUUUUACGGGAGCAGUAACGGAUCCCAGUCAUGAAGACCCAAAGGGUAAAACCCCAGCUUCAAUAGCUGCAACAUCUGGACACAAAGGACUUGCGGGCUACCUCUCAGAGGUCUCACUAACCACCCACCCAUCCCUACAAACUCAAAUAUCUCAUAAUAUCCAACCACAAACAACAUCACUAAAUCCAAAUAAUAUCUCAAACGAAGAUCUUUCACUUAAGGACACAUUAGCUGCUGUUAGAAAUGCAACACAGGCUGCUGCAUGUAUACAGUCCGCUUUCAGGGCACAUUCCUUCAGAAAAAGACAACAAAAGGAAUCAUUCCAACUCGAAGAAGAAGAUGAGUAUGGAAUGCUUCCAAGUCACAUUGAAACCCUUUCCACUUUUCUCAAAAAUGGAAAUGACUAUAAUGCCGCGUUAUCCAUUCAGAAGAAAUACCGUGGCUGGAAAGGGCGUAAGGAUUUCCUUGCACUUCGCCAAAAAGUUGUCAAAAUACAGGCUCAUGUGCGGGGUCAUCAGGUGAGGAAAAACUAUAUGGUUUUCUGUUGGGCAGUUGGGGUUGUUGAGAAAGUUGUGCUGAGGUGGCGGCGCAAAGGAGUGGGGUUGCGUGGAUAUAAACAAGGGGGCGAUGAAACUGAAGACGAAGAUAUUGUGAAGGCGUUUAGGAAAGAGAAAGUGGAUGUUUCUAUCGAUGAAGCCGUUUCUAGGGUGCUUUCGAUGGUGGACUCUCAACAGGCGCGUCAGCAAUAUCGCCGCAUGCUUCUUAAAUACCGCCAAGCAAAGGCUGAACGCGAAGGUUUACAAGGAGGGUCAACUUCUCAAAAUGAUGUAAUGAAUACGUGAUCCAAGGAGUUGAAUCAGUAUAUGUAUAAUCGAUGGUGAAUUGGUCUAACUAAUUUCUAGUGUUACGAUUGAGGUUGUGUAUAUAAACUUGUCGUUUACUUUGCUUUUGGUUUUGGUAUGGGGUUGUGUAACUAAUUGCAACAUAAAUAGUUUUCUCUAAAUCAAUUAUAU